UCGAGAUCAUGUCACUUGAAUUGGAGCUCUGGUUGGUGUUUUGCCACAACGUUACUGGAGAACUGUAUGAAGUCUCUGAAGAGGGUGUAGCUUGUUUUGUUCAUCUUUCACACUUUUGCAGAGUACCGACGAAGCCAUGGCGAAAAUCACUGGUAGCCGUUUUCCGGUCGAUCAAUGUGCUUUGAACACGAACUACGGACCAAGGGCGGUGGAACAUCUAAUAUGCCCCGUGUGCCAAGAUCUCCUGGACAACCCGCUGGCAACCCCCUGCGACCACCAUUUUUGCAGGUCGUGCUGUGAAAAUCUUAUGAAGUCUGGCAUUCAGACGUGCCCUCUUUGCAACAAGCAAACAUACGGUUCCAGCGGGAAGAAAGACGACGACGGCAGAGCUGUGGAUACAUGGCUUUUCUCUGACCCCAACAAAUCGUUCAUUCGUAUUCUGGAGGGAACUCCAAUGGUGUGCAGCAAUGAUGGAUGUGAAGAGGUUAUUCCACUAGGCGAGUUUCCGCAGCACUUAGCGUCCCACUGCACCCAGAGAAUAGUCCCGUGCGUCUACGACGGUUGCCAGACAUACAUAAAGGCCGUCGAGCUUGAGGUCCACAUGAAGACGUGCCCCCACAGGACAGUACACUGUGCGUGCUGCAAUGAAACUGUCACUGGUGGCUGCGAAGUGUGGCUGUGCAGUGCUGGCUGUAUCGGAAACCUACGGAAUUUCUACAAAGAGGAGAGGAGCAAAAUACAGCAGGAAUCCCGUCUCGAAAAGAACUGUAUGGCCAACUGCAUCCAGCUGCUUCAGUGGCAGCUACUUGAGGCUCAGCGGCAGGUUCAAUCGUUGAAAGCGGAGCUGCAAGCACGGAUCUCUGGCGACUGCAAAAGAAAGAGAAUAUCAGAUGACAUCAUUCAACACAACGCAGCCGCGACAAAAUCUGGGUCACCAACUAUAAGCAUUUCUCCCGAGAAUGCGGCUUCUCCCGAGCGGCAAGAAGAACGACAACAGGACUUCGCCAUAGACUGGACAAAAAUGGAAACAGCCCUCUUAGCACCGGAAAAAUCUUUGGGAAAUCUGAAUUGAGGGCUUUGCAGUUGGCUUAUUUACCAUAUGUACCCUUUAGAAAAUCGCCUUGCUAUUUCACACGCAACGAGUCACCUGCAGAUGGCCGCGUUUACCAUUGGUGUGAAGUUCGCUGCAUUGCACCGUUGCGCACACCGUUUUGGUGUGUAACUGCUUAACCCUAAACUAACCCAUCACGGCUACCGAAAUAUGCUUGGUGCCAAAAAUUCUGCACCUGGGAAGUAUUUAGUUCCGCCGAUGCCGGGGCGUCAACACAUGCGUCUGAAAACAGCUACGAAGUCAUCAACAUCUGAACAAAAACGGUGAACGCAGCAGAAACACAUUAAGACACAGUGUGCGUUGCAACAUCGCACGUUACUGGAAUCCACCUCCUGCAUAACGGCGCACAUUUUGAAGGUUCUGCAUAGUUUGCAAGUUCGGCAUCAACUCGCGCCCGGCACCAGGCACUGUACCAGGGAAAAAU